GAGCCACCCACGCCCGACGGAGCCGACCCGGGCCGGGAGGCGGGAGAGCGAGGCCGGGACCCCACCCUCGCUCAGCGCGCUCCAAGGGAAGCCAGCUUUAAUGUGAUGCAAACACCCUUGAACUUGUCCUAAAGACAAAGGCUUAAGUUUCAGCUCUGCUAGUUUUGCGGUGACAUUGGAGCUAGAAUUCACAAUGACAGCGGUAACAAGGACCACAGAAGUCCCCCCAAGGGGUAAAAGAGAAGAUAAUUCUGCCUUGUAUGAGUCCACAUCAGCUCACGUUAUUGAAGAAACUGAAUAUGUGAAAAAGAUCCGAGCUACUCUGGAAAAGAUCCGAAACCAAGUUUUUAAAGAUGAAGUAGGACAUAAGCAUACAAAUGACAAACUAGAAACAAAGCACUGUCAAAACAUUGAAAAUGGCUCUGAUUCUGAAAUGGGCCCCUCUUGUGGCCAUUUAGAUCUGCUCAUGGAAAGGAUGAAAGGAAAGGAAGAGCAGCUCUUAGAAAUGAACAAAGAAAAUGAAAUAUUGAAAAUCAAGCUGGAAGCCUCCAGACAAACAGGAGCAGCAGCUCUGAGAAACGUGGCCCAGAGGUUAUUUGAAAUCUACCAGACACAGUCUGAAGAAGUUAGAAAGAACCACCAGGCUGGUAAACACUUACUGGAGGUUAACAAACUUGAAAAGGAACAGCAACUGAAACAACAUGUUAAAAAUCUGAAUCAAGUUGCUGAAAAGCUUGAAGAAAAACAUAAGCAAAUCACAGAGCUGGAGAACCUUGUAGAGAGGAUGGAAAAGGAAAAGAAAACACUGCUAGAAAAAAAACUGUCUUUGGAAAACAAGCUGCUGCAACUCAAAUCCAAUGCUACGUAUGCUAAAAGUUGCCACAAUCUUCAAAUGGAGAUUUCCCUUCUCCAGGAGCAGAUCUCGCAUCUGCAGUUCGUGAUUCAUUCCCAGCAUCAGAACCUGCGCGGUGUCAUCCAGGAGAUGGAAGGAUUAAAAAAUAACUUAAAAGAACAAGAUAAGAGAAUUGAAAACCUGAAGGAAAAAGUUAACAUCCUUGAAGCCCAGAAUAAAGAACUAAAAACCAAAGUGGCACUUUGGUCUGAAACGCCUAGGACAACUGUAUCUAAGUCUGUCUCUACAAGUGAAUUGAAGACUGUCCACUCGGCGACGCCCUAUGUGAUGUUGAUGAAGCUCCGGAAAUGAGCUGAUGGGCUGAAGAUCUGAAUGAGAAAGAUUGCUACGCAUUCAUCACAGGUGAAGUUUGUGAUUGCUAUGAGGAAAACCAGACUCUGAUUUGCAGAAAUGCAAAGAUGCUGACACUCAGAAGAGAAAACCCUUGAACUAAAGGAAUAAUGGGCAGUCUUAGCCCCCACUGAAGGGUGAAUUCUUGUAAGCCUUUUGAUCAUCCUCUCGGACAUAGGACUGUAAACAUUUUCUCAGGAAAGAUGCUGGAAGCCUUUCAAUGUAGAAUGUGAAAUAGCAGUAUUAUCUAUGAAAUAUUUAAAAAUACAUACAAAUGAGAUAAAGUAAUGUAUUUAUAAAUUCAUCAAAGUACUGUAAUCCUUGAAAUGUUGCAUAACUAUAUGUGUGCAUUUCAUGCUUCACGUUUUUAUUGCUUGCUAGUUUUUCAAGUGUAGUUAUUGAAUAACAUUUAUGACACAGUUCUUAUAACAGGAACAAUUCUAAGUACUUAACCUGUAUUAAUUACUUCAGUCUUCCCAACAGGCCUCAAAAGCAGGUCAUAUUAUUACCCCAUCUUCCAAGGGUGGAUCCUGUGAGGUCCAGGACUUUUCCCUGCUAAUGAUGGAGCAAGGAUUUGGACCUCUGACGUGGCUAUCAGUAGUCCUUCUGCCCACAUGGUGGUCUGAGGUAUUGCCACACAAUGGAAAUACCUCUCUUUUUGCUACUUUUAACAAGCACAGCUUCCUUGUUGGCUGUAGGCAUUAUCCCGUGAAUGACAGUCAUAAACAACCUUGACUCAUAAAGUAAAUAUUUUUCUGCAUUUAAGUUGGCCUUUCACCUGUUGGAUUGCCCUCAUGAGAACUUAGAUCAGAAAAAUGUCCCUGCUAAAAAAUCUUCCAAUUCUAUAUUUAUCAUCAUGACCUAUGCCACAUGGAAGAUUUUUUGGUAGCAUGUUUUCAGGCACAUUUGUAGGGGCUUUGGGGUCAUGAACUCUGUCAAGGAUUUGUGGUGUGGUAAGCAAAUUCACCUUUCACCUGAAGACCACUUUGGGUUCCUUUUAUACUCUAAUCACCAUGCUGGAUGGUAAUAAAUAUGAGCGUUUGGAAUGGAUCCAUAUGACUGACCUAAC